CAGCCCGGGGCUUGGCGAGGCCAUCGCGCCCUUGUCGGCGGUCCAAUCCUCUUCCCGGCCUGCGGCCGCUUGCAACGUGGGCCGCUCGGCCCCGGCCCGGCCCAGCCCGGCUCCGCCGCAGGGUCGCGAACUCGCGCGCCGGCGCCCGACUUAACUUUGCAGCUGCCCGAGCCCCGCCCGGGGCUGCGCGCCUGGGAUCCGCGGCCCGGGCGCCCUUUUCCUCCCCCGGACGCCUGUUUUUACCGUCCGGCCUCUCUCCCAGGGAGAGCGGGGUUCGCUACCCAGAGGGGUGGGGCGGGGCGACGGGGUCUGGGUGACUUUCUCUCCCCUGACCCUCUUUUGUCUCCUCCCGCGCGUGGCUCCCAGGCCGAGGAGGGGACAGCGCCGUUCGUCAGCUUCAGGCUUCCCCGGGGCUCGGUGCCGGGGCUCCCCGGAGCGGAGUGGGGACCGGCCCGCCCUCCCCGAUCGCCCUGCCGCCUCUCCGGGCCAGCAACGCUGCCGCCGCUGCCCACACGAUUGGCGGCAGUAAGCACACGAUGAAUGAUCACUUACACGUCAGCAGCCACAGCCACGGACAGAUCCAGGUACAGCAGCUGUUCGAGGAUAACAGUAACAAGCGGACAGUGCUCACGACACAGCCCAAUGGGCUCACCGCAGUGGGGAAAGCGGGCUUGCCGGGGGUGCCCGAGCGGCAGCUGGAGAGCAUCCACAGACGGCAGGGGAGCUCCACGUCUCUGAAGUCCAUGGAAGGCAUGGGGAAGGUGAAAGCCACCCCCAUGACCCCUGAACAAGCAAUGAAGCAAUACAUGCAAAAACUAACCACCUUCGAACACCAUGAGAUUUUUAGCUACCCUGAAAUCUAUUUCUUGGGUCCAAAUGCAAAGAAGCGCCAGGGCAUGACGGGCGGGCCCAACAACGGAGGCUAUGAUGACGACCAGGGAUCCUACGUGCAGGUGCCCCACGAUCACGUGGCUUACAGGUACGAGGUCCUCAAGGUCAUCGGGAAGGGAAGCUUUGGGCAGGUGGUCAAGGCCUACGACCACAAAGUCCACCAGCACGUGGCCCUGAAGAUGGUGCGGAACGAGAAGCGUUUCCACCGGCAGGCGGCAGAGGAGAUCCGGAUCCUGGAACACCUGCGGAAGCAGGACAAGGACAACACCAUGAACGUCAUCCACAUGCUGGAGAACUUCACGUUCCGGAACCACAUCUGCAUGACGUUCGAGCUGCUGAGCAUGAACCUCUACGAGCUCAUCAAGAAGAAUAAGUUCCAGGGCUUCAGCCUGCCUCUGGUGCGCAAGUUUGCCCACUCGAUUCUGCAGUGCUUGGAUGCUCUGCACAAGAACAGAAUCAUUCACUGUGACCUCAAGCCCGAGAACAUUUUAUUAAAGCAGCAGGGUCGAAGCGGGAUUAAAGUGAUCGACUUUGGCUCCAGUUGUUACGAGCAUCAGCGUGUCUACACGUACAUUCAGUCCCGUUUUUACCGGGCUCCGGAAGUGAUCCUUGGCGCCAGAUACGGCAUGCCCAUCGAUAUGUGGAGCCUGGGUUGCAUUUUAGCAGAGCUCCUGACUGGUUACCCCCUCUUGCCUGGGGAAGAUGAAGGGGACCAGCUGGCUUGUAUGAUUGAACUCUUGGGCAUGCCCUCCCAGAAACUGCUGGAUGCAUCCAAACGAGCCAAAAAUUUUGUGAGCUCCAAGGGUUACCCCCGUUACUGCACUGUCACAACUCUCUCAGACGGCUCUGUGGUUCUCAACGGAGGCCGUUCCCGGAGGGGGAAACUGAGGGGCCCACCAGAGAGCAGAGAGUGGGGGAAUGCACUGAAGGGGUGUGACGAUCCCCUCUUCCUUGACUUCUUAAAACAGUGUUUAGAAUGGGACCCUGCGGUCCGCAUGACCCCUGGCCAGGCUUUGCGGCACCCCUGGCUGCGGAGGCGGUUGCCGAAGCCUCCGACGGGGGAGAAGACGUCCGUGAAGAGGAUAACCGAGAGCACUGGUGCUAUCACAUCCAUUUCCAAGUUACCUCCACCUUCCAGCUCAGCUUCCAAACUGAGGACUAAUUUGGCACAGAUGACAGAUGCCAAUGGGAAUAUUCAGCAGAGGACAGUGUUGCCAAAACUUGUUAGCUGAGCUGAGUCCCCUGAUGCUGGUAAUCUGAAAGAUGCGACAUUGCUGAGCCUUACUGGGUUGAAAAGGAGUAGCUCAGACCUGUUUUUAUUUGCUCAAUAACUCAACUCAUUUGUAUCUUUUCAGCACUUAUUUUAAUGUAAGAAAGUUGUUCAUUUUGUUUUUAUAAAAUACAUGGGGACAAUGCUUUAAGUUUUUAUACUUCCUGCAACUGUUUUUGUGUUCUCAAAGUAUGGUGAGCCUUACUGUAUCUGGUGUGGCGGAGUAAUAAACAUCAGUGGCAGGCCAUUGAUUACUUCGUGACUGCUGCGCAUUUACAGAUUGGUGUCAAAGACAUUCACUGUUUCUAUGGUUCAUAGUAUAUUCUCCCCGAGGCGAUGGCCCCCGAAGGUCCCCCUCCUCCCUCCGUGCUCCAGGUUCACGCACAGGUGUAGCAUGUCCUGCCUCCAUUUCCCAUAAGCCUUGGGGGUGGUAGUGAGGGUGGGAGAAGAAUGGUCAGGGCGACAAUGAUACUCUUAAGAAGAGCUGCACCUUAGAGAUUUUUUUCCUAAACCAAUGUUCAAAGAGAGACGCCCUCCCCAAGGUUUUAAAUGCCCACUUAGCAUCCUGACUUUCUAAAAGCGGGCCAGGCACACCUGGGUGGGUAAAUGGAAACGUGUGCGUUCCUUCAAAUUUUCUAAUAUGAUCGGCAAGCUGUUUUGUAAAGAAGCCUCAGAUCACGGACUUGGUUUUGCACCUAAAUAUAGAAAUGUAUUCCAUGAACUGUUCCUCCUCUUUGCUUUCCUCCUCUCUGUUCCCCUUUUACCACACAUCUGUUGCUUGCAUUUAGGUUUUUUUUUUUUCUUCCUUCAAAUAUAUAUCCCAGACUGUUAAUACAGAAGAGAGACAUUUCAGCUGUGAUUAUGACCAUUGUUUCAUAUCCCAGUUUAAAAAAGAACAGCAGCCUAGCUACUUUUAAGGUGGGGAUUUCCAUAGUUCCAAAGAAGGUUUAGCAAAUUAGAGUGAGUUCACACUUUUCAGGUGCCACUGUAAGGUUCUCUUAGCCUGGGAAAGCAUCAACUCUUUCUUUAAAAAGAAAGAAGGUUGAAAAUCCUCUUGCUGAACAGAAGUCAUUGUGACUGUUCAAUGAGACCAAUUUUAACAACAAAUUUAAAGGCGGAGAAACUCAGUCGCAAGUUAAAUGGUUUGACUUGCUUGCAUCAUUAGAAAAAUCACAAAUUGCAUUCCUCUCUUAUUUUCUUUUGGAUUGCACUGAUUGUUUUUGUGGGAAUGACACUUUACCUGGGAAAGUAACUGAGAGUUAGGUAAAAGAAUAUUUUCGUCUCUGAAUAAUAAUUAUUUUCAAAGUGAAAAAUUCAGUAUUUUAUCACUAAUGUAUGAGCAGUGAUAUUUAUCAAUUUCAAGGCACGUGGAAGAAAUUUUUUAGUAUGUGCAAUUUAAUAUAGAAAGAUUUUUGCCUGUUUGGAUAAUAGGUUUUGGGUAGUAUAAAUUAGGAUACUUUUUUAUAUGCACAGAUAUUAUUGUAUUGCCUGUAAACUGAUUUACAAGUACUUAAAGCAUGGUCCCUGGCGAGGCCAAGAAAGUUUCCGGUUAAGUUCUUUUAAUAUUAGUCCUACAGUUUCUCUUACUUAAAAAGGAAAAAGAAAAAAAAAGAGAAAAGAAAGUAGUUUUUGGAACAAAACACUUAUCUUGAGGCUUUGUCAGUUGUUGGUGGAGAAAAACGCUCAGGAAAUAUUACAGAUAUUUGCCAAAAAACAGUAAUAAGAUUAGCUUAUUAAUAAGAUAGUGAUGUUGUUAUUUGCUUUUCUAUUUAAGGGUGUCACUGAUAAAUUAAUUUGUACUUCUGUAUUUAGAAAUUAGAGCUUUUUUCCCUAGUCAAAUUCUUCAGCAUAUUGUACCCAUUUCUGUGUAAUCUGUGGAAGUGCAAUAAUAUGUUAGUAAGUUGCUUUUAAAAUGCUCACGUGAUGAUACCCCAGUCAGUGGCUUACAGAAUUUAAAGAUUGUGUAUUUAUUACUGAAAUUCUGACUUAAAGGCAUAAGAAGUGUAAGACUUGGUAUGGCGGCUUUGUAAAACCAUAAGCCUCUGAAUGAUGGUUCGCUUCUUGAGGUCAGUAAAACGAAAACAUAAAGGCUGUUUUUCCGUUGCAAAGCUCCUCUUCCGUAUCCAUGCGCAUUUUCACAUUUAGGUCUAUAUGAACCUGAGCCUGCCAGGAAUCGAAAUUUCCCUUUAAAAUACGUGUGAAAAUUUAGAUAUGGACUAAUACUGCUGUCUUUCCCCCACCACAUAAAACUGGUUCUUAAGAUGCCAAUAGUGCAUUUGUGACUAUAUUCACAAAUGUAACCGGAAACUUUUAAGCCAAACUAUAACGUGCAGCGCUAUGCACCCCCGCCCCCCAAAUACAGUGAAAUUUACUUCAUUCACAAGAGCCACCGUGUUCAGUGUUUAGUGAUAGAGCUGCUUUGAAAAAAAUUCUAGCUUAAUUAUGAUGUCCAAAAAAGAAAAAAAUGUUGCAUCUCUGUGAUCUUAAAUGAAGGGCUCUAAAAGGCUCCUGGGAGUUGGCUUGGAAACAGUCCUUGGUCUCACAGGUUACCGUUGUCUAGAGAUGUCUGAGCUGUUUUCAGACUUCAGACUAGCACGGUGUCUUGUCUUCGGUUGCAGUCUCAUCUGGCUCCGUUCCUCGCACCUCCACAGUGCGCAUUACCACGUCAGGGCGUCGCUACACAGUGGAACAGCACGGGAUGCAGGACAGAGCAGAUCAACAGUAGAGGAGAAGUUGUGCCCUUAGUGUUAACAAUGUGCCUUUUGUUCUGAAUGCCAUGUGGUAGGGCAUGCAUUUUUUGGCCUCUUUAACUCUUUGAAUACCAGGCAGUAAGGAUGGAACCCACCUCUGCAGAGAUAUAUCUGUCUUAAAUACGCAGUUACUUACAGGCCUUAAUAGAAACCAUAAGGCGUGGAUCAUCAUCAGGCAUUGAGAAAGGUAACCACUGGUUAGUUACACAGGAAAUGCCUCUGUUUAAGGGGUUAAAGAUGGUCUUUGUUGUAUCUUAACAUCAGACUGAUUUUUUAAAUAAUAUUUUUUUGUUAUGCUAACACUAGACAAAAAUCAACUGUAUUCGUAAAACUUUACCUCAAACCAUUUAAUUUUAUAGUAUGAUUAAUCCCAGGGCAUUUGGUAUGAACCAAAGUGCAUUCCUUUUCUACGUGCCUGGCUCUAGUACGGAUGGCCAGGGAUUUUUACAAUUUGGGUGCAAGGCACUUAAGCCACUUUUAAACUUAAUGGGUGGUUUGGAGUCGUGUUCAAGGACUCCAUCAGGAGGUUAGGCAACACUUCAGGCAUCAGUAGCAUUGGGCCAUAUUGGAAUCUUAAAAAGUGUGAAUUAUUUUAAAGAGAGCAUUCAUUUUUGUAAUUUUUUUCAUCAAGAAUAUUUCUGGUAAGCAGAAGACUUUUUUUUUAAAAAAACUGAUUUGGUUGGUAAAGGUUUUAAUAUCGCCCAACAUAAUGGUGUAGUAGCAUUUAAAAAAAGUAUUUGUCAACUCUGUUUCUUAGGGGCUUGUACAUCUCUCUGCUAUGGACAUAUAUAAAAUUAAUUGUAAUUAUACUCAGCUCAACUGCUACAGUUAAGUCUAGGCAGUGGCUUGGGUUUUUAUCGAGCAACAACUUAGACACGUGACUGUAAUAUGCUGCAACUGUGUGUACUGAAAAUAUGUGAAAAUGGUUGAAUGUGGACUGUGUAUAUAUGUAUUUAAACAUUUCUGUGAGAUGCUGCUGUCGCCACUUAACAUGAACUAUGUUCUGGUGGAUUUUAAUCCUAGUGGCCAGUUCUAUGAUACUGUAUGUAUUGUACAGCUGAAGACGGAGUAAGACUGUUCAGUGAAUAUUUGUUACAUUUUAUUGUCGUGGCCAGAGACAAUUUCAGAAUAAAAAUUUAAUGUCCUACCUUACUUUUCUCCCCUUUUCUAACUAUAAUUUAACUCCUGAUCUAUUUCUGGUGAUAUUCUUGGUCUGGUAGCCUGGAGAGAGUUUAGAAGGCAAACACUGUCAGCUACAAUUGAUUUCUUUUUAUCAGUUCAGUAUAAAUGUGCAAGUUCCAAGUCAGAAAGACUAACGUUUUAGUAGGCAACUCUUGCUUUUCUCGGGAUAUCCUAUUCCUUAAGCUCUGUUACUUGUCCUUCAUACGGACUCUGCGGCCAUGUUCUAUAUCCUGCUAGAACGUCAAAUCUUUUUUUUUUUACUUCUUUCCUUUUUUUUUUUUUUUUUAACCUUCAAGGUGACAAGCUGUGGGAGCAGAGUGUAAAUUAUUCCCCACCAGUCUAUUCUUUCCUGUGCCCAAGUUCUGGCAAAUGAUUGGUAUGUGCUCUCACCAGCUCCCUGUAUGCUUCUUAAGGCUGACGCCUUUGCAGUUCUUAUACUUGGUGGUCUCUGUGGUUCAUGUUUUUGGGGGUUUUAGCGUCUCUUUCUGCCAUGGCUGGAUCAGAAAAUAGGGCCUGUAAAGUGCAACUAGCUCAUGAUUUAUCAAGUUCAGUUACGACCAAGUAAAGAGUUUGCUUACAGAUGACAGCGAGCCGAUGCUCGAGUAAUUUGUCAGACAUUGCAGGGAUAUUAUGUAGACGAAUAUUUCCCUCUCGUGGAAAGAACUACCUCACAUUUUUAUUUACACCCCUCCUGCCACCAAUGGCAGAAAAACUACUUAGUGUGGCUUCUUGCAGCAGAAGUGGAAUGUGCUUGAAACAAGGGAAUAGUAGGUGUUCCCCAGCCCAGACUUGGCCUUAUCAUAUCCUAUGCCGUCAUCUCCCAUGACUGCUUUUCUUGCUAAUCAGAGUUCUUACCCAGUGAAAAAAUACCAAUUGACCAACUAACCAAGAAGCCCAAUAUAUUUAGAAAAAAAAAUUUAAGAGAUGUGUAUCACGUAUAAAAUUGAAAGAUGCUAAAGCAGCAAUUUAAAUUUAGGAUCGAAGGUCCAGAUGUGAUGUACUCAGCAGGUUAUAGUUUCUACUCAUUCUCUUUUAUCAGAUCUUUUCAAAGCUCUUUCUUCAAUUGAUUAAUACUAUAUUCUGUUUGAAUUUCUGUAAUCUUUUUGCUUUGGGAAUCAACACCUAAACAAAUAACUAUUUCUGGAAUGUCAAGGUUGCCUUCAAACUAGCACUCCAAAAUGUUCUUAGCUGGCAUUGUUGGGAAAGGGAAAAUAGUUUAUUUUCUGUUUUGGAAAGAGCAUGAAGAGGGUUUGAAGAAAGGGUAUUUGUGACAUUGUUUCACUGUUGUUUUUAAGAAGUUUGAAUUACGCUAUGGUUUUUGUUUGUUUUUUGUUUUUUUAGUCAUUAGGCUAGAUGACCACUUGUCAUCAGUGAUGCUUACCACUGUCCAGAAUGAAAAAUGACUGCCAGCGUGUUGCACGUACAUAAGAAAAUUGCAUCUUACUGCAAAGGCUUUGGUUUUAUUUGGUUUGACUUUGACAUACUGUCUUGCUGUGGUCAUGUCCUUACUAUCUGUGCUACAUUUCCUAUAAAUCGGGGAGGGCCCGGUUGCUAUUCCUUUGCUUCUCAAGGACCUUUAAUGAGCAAACUAAUGAAUUUAUAUUUACUCCUCCAAAGAAAGCUGACAUUUUAGGAAUAUUAACUAGUCAUCUAUAAUAAGGAGCAGCAGGGUAUAACUGAUAUGUUCCCAGAGCAUUGUUCCUUCUGAAGAAGACUUCACAGGUCUCAUAGUGUUGUGUGAACAUCAGUUCAGCCUUAUACAUUCCUGUAAGCUCUAAUUAUCCUCACUUGAUAUCUGAGGAAACUGAAGUGACUUGUUCCAACGUGACUUUGUAAAAACAGGUUGGUCCUCAGGUUGCAAUCUGACAAAGAAUUUUGAUCUUGGACAGUAUAGGAAAAUCCCCAGCCAUAUAUCACAUACAAAAAUUUAGAAAGAGGGGCGGGGGAUUUGAGCUAGCAGUGAGCAUUUCUAUUACUUGAAUAAAUUGUGUAUCAGUUCCCAGAAUAUUUUUUAAGAGAGGAGAAGAUACAAAAAAACGGAGGAUUACAGCAUCUUUGUCUCCUCAGGUGUGCCUGAUAACGUGCACUGUGCACGCACCUCUCGGGUAACUUGUGAAAGAGGGACUCCUAAUAUUGCCAUAUUUGGGGAGGUUGAUAAAUUAUAGUAGCUUUCUUAUUUUCUGUUCUUAAAAUAUGCUUUUUACAUUUGAAUGUAUGAAAAUAUUUUUGACUCUUUAUUAAUUCUCAGGGAUUAGAAGUUAAAUUUUACUGACUGUAGUAGCAGGUAAACCUCUUAAAUUCAAAUUUGCUCAGGUUUCCUAUUCUUUGCCUCCAUAUUGAAGAAAACACAGAUUGCCUGCCAGGCAAAUAUAUAAAAAUUAAAAUUCCAAAUACAAUUUUAAAGCACCAAUUGUAAAUAAACCAAUUUUACAAACUAAAA